AUGGGUCGUUUAGGAAUGAGAGGUUUUGGCAGAAGAGGAUUUGGUAGAGGAGGAUUUGUAUCAUCAGAAGCUAGAAGAUGGGGUGGAAAUUGGGGUGGAGGAUAUAGUAGAACUGUAACCUAUAGAUAUUAUGGCUAUAACAGAGGUUUUAACCGUGGUUUUGGUGGAUGGGGCCCAAGAUGGGGAGGAGGAUGGGGUCCACGAUGGGGUGGAGGUUGGGGUGGUGGUUAUGGUGGAGGUUGGAGAAAUCCAUAUUGGGGUAAUCCUUAUAUGGGUAAUCCUUACUUUGGUAAUCCUUACUGGGGAUAG